AUGAAUGACUUCAGUGGAGAAUACGAUUUUAUGCAAAGAAUUCACAAGAUCGAUGGACAUAACAACAAUGAUUAUGGAAUAAAUAAAGAUGCUUUAAAAGGUGGAGAUAUCAUAAAAGGUAAAGAUGAUAUAUUAUUGGAAAAAGAAAAAUAUGAAAAGGAUUUUUAUUUAAAGAGUAAAUAUGAUAAAUACAACAAUACCUUAAAUGGUUUUGAGAAAGAUGAUAAAUUUUCGUAUUUAAAACGAUUAAAAAAAGAAAAUGAAUUGAAAAAAAGAGAAACUAGUUCAAAAAAAAGUAAUAUCAAUGAAUUGGUAAAAAUAAAUGAAAUAGUAUAUUAUAUACAUGCAAAUAAAAAGAAUGUUUAUGAAUAUAUAACAAAUCAAACCGAUUUAGAAAAUAAUUACUAUCAAAUAGAAGAGAAACCAAAUAAUUUAUCAAGAAAUAUGAUAAAAAAUAAUGAAGAGUAUAUAUAUUUAAAUGAUAAUGCAUAUUAUAAAUUAAAAAUAAAUAGAGAUGAAAAAGAUGGACGUGAAGAAAAAGAAGAUGAACAUGGAAUUGAGUCAAUGAAUCUUAAAUAUUCAUUCGAUACAAAUAAAAGUACUAUAAUUGAAAAUAUUUUAGAAUCAGAUAGUAUUUUAAUACAUAUUUUUCAUAUACUUUUAUCUUUUAAAGAUGGUGUAAAAGGGAUUUUAUUAUUUUUAAAUAAAAUAUUUCAUUUUAAUUUUUUGGAUUAUAAUAAUAUAAAGAAUUAUUCAUUAACAGAUUAUUUUGAUCAAAAUGUAAAAGAAUAUAUGAAAUAUUUAAAAAAACAUGAUGAUCCAAGAAUAAUAAAUCAAGAUUUUCUUUUAAGAAGAAAAUAUAUUACACCACAUUUUAUAUAUAAUAGUGUGGAUUGUAAUUAUAAUACUAAUGAUAAUGGUAUAGUAAUAUUGUCAUCGAUCUUACCAUUUAUUCAUAGUUUUGAUUAUGAUUAUAAAUUAAAAGAGGCAAGAAAUAGGGAACAGGAUUUGGAAUAUGUGUUAAAUGGUGAACAAAAAAAAUAUUUUGGAAAUACAGGAAUAUUUGAGUAUUUAAAAAAAAUGAAAAAUAAGUUUGUUAAUAAAUUAAAUCAGGGUGAUAAUGAUAACAAUGAGGAUGGUGAUGGUAUGGGAAAUGAUGACGGAGAUGGAGGAAACGAUAAUAAUGAAUAUUCUGAAUUUUUAAAAAGAUACGAAAAUUGUAUUAAUGAGAAAGGUGAAUUAAUUCAAGAUAUUUUAUUUGCUGGAAAAGCACAAAUGAUAUUUAUUAAUUUUAAACAAUUAGAAAACAAUUUUAAUAAUAUUAUUGGAAAUAUAGAAAUUAAAAAUGAAAAAAUACAUGUGAGUAAUUUAAUUUUGGGGUAUGAAAAAAGAGAGCAUAUAAAAUAUACUGAUAUAUUAAUAUCAAAUAUUUUGAAAAAUAUAAAGAAAAAAUAUCCAGAUGUUGCUAUCAAUGAUGAAAAUCCAAAACAGUUUAUAUAUGAUGAUAAUGAAUUUUCAGAUAAACAUAUGGGAGGAACUAAUAAUACAUAUGGAGGUAAUCAUAGUAGUAAUAUGAACAGUAAUGAUGAUAGUAAUAUGUCGGUGACAGACAAUAUGGAUAAUAAUAUGUAUAAGAGAGAAUUAUAUAAAUUAUCUGAUUUAAAAGAAUAUGUAUAUAGUGCACCAUCUCAUUUAAUGAGAGACCAAACAAAUAAUUGUGAAUAUGUUACAUGUGUAAGUUUUGAUAAUAAUUCUAAUAAUUGUAAUUUAAUUAAUAAUUUUGUAUUGGGAUAUAAUACUGGAAAAAUAGAAUAUAUAUAUGGGAAAAUAGUUUACAAUAAUAUUAGUCAUUGCGAUUUAUUAAUUGAUUAUUAUUCAAAUAAGAAUAAGAAGUUUUCUUAUGAAUUGUGUAAAAGAAUAUAUUUAAAUGGAUCUGUAAUAAAGAUUGGUUUUGCCCCUAAUGUUUUUUUUUGUUUAAUAUUAACUAGUAAAACAUUAUAUAUUUGUAAUUUUUUUUAUUUUUCCAUAUACGAAAUUCCAAACGUUUGUUAUAAUUCUCGAUUUGUAAAUUUCUUAUGGAUAAAUAAUAAUAGUUAUUGCGUUUUUAAUGAUAAUGGGUAUAUAUAUUUAUAUGAGAAGAAUUCCAAAAGCGAUGGGCUAAACAGUUUUUCCUUAGUGAAAUGUUUUUUUAUAGAUCAGAAUAUUUACUACAAUUCAAUUUGCGAAUAUCAUUUAUAUAGUCAUAGUAUAUAUUUAUAUACUGGAGAAAUUGAAAAAAGGAGACAAAAAAAGAAUGUAAGUCAUUUUUUUAAGAAGAAAAAAAUGAGAAUGCACAAAAGAUAUAGUGAUUAUUUUUAUAAAUACGAUUGCAAUUUUAUUAUUAUUGAUUUAAACUCAUAUACGGGUAAAAAUUAUGAAAAUAGCAAAAGCAAUGAUAUGUUGGUGAGAGGUUUGUUAAAAGAUAAUGUGACAGAUAUUGAAGGAAAUAUGAAGCAAAUAAAAAUAUUAGAAAUGUUGAUAGAGAAUGGAACUAAUUUAGAAGAAGAAGACGCAAAUUUUGAAAACAUGUUAAAUAUUAAUAUAAAAGAUUUUAAUAAUUAUAUUUCUACUAUUAAAGAUGCUAACACUAAAUUAUAUAUGAAUGAUAGUGGAGACGAAAGAGGAGAUUUAAUUGAUUAUAAUAAAGAAAAUGAUCAAUUUUCGAUUAGGAAAAUGUUUGUUAAUUAUAUUCAAGAUGUUAAAAGACAUUUAUAUAAUUUAAAAAAUGAGAAUAUUGUUAAUGUGUUGUUGCCAAGAUAUUAUAGUUCUGGUGACGAUUAUAGCCAUAGAAAUUUUUUAAAUGUUCGAUUUUUUACAAUAGAAAAAUUGGAUAAUAAACAUUUGAUAGCUCUCGAUACUGAAACAGAUUAUGUAUAUAUAUAUAAGAUAAGGAAAAAUGUGCAUUUAGAUUAUAAUGCUAUUGAGGCAUUAAAAAAUAAUCCAUAUCCAACAAACCGUAAUCCAUUACAUAUGUUAUAUUCGACUUAUAUGAAAAAGGAGCCCAUACUCAAAGAUGAAUGGAAAAUAUAUAAUGAAUAUAUAUAUGUAAAUACGAAAAAGUUAACGAAAUAUGUUAAAUAUAAUUUAUUAUAUAUUAUUAAAAAUCAUAAAAAAGUAUUUUUCCCAUUACAUGUUUAUGUAAUAAAUACCAAGUAUAACGAUAAUGAAUAUUUGUUAUUUAUAAAAUGGGCUACUAUAAAAAAUUCAUUUGUUUAUUCAUCUUAUAGUUCUUUAAAUAAAGUAUCUAAAAUGAAUGAUUACUUUAACAAUGAAGAUGAAAAAUUAUUAAAAGUUUUAGAAAACCCCAAAAAUAUAUUUUUAUAUAACAUUAAUGAUGAAAAUAACAAUAUGGGUGGUAGAAUGGGAUAUCCAUAUAUGCCCAAUAAUGAUAUUUUACGAUCUUUAAGUGGAAGAAACAAAUAUUAUGAUAAUGAUUAUAUGUCAGAUAAUGGUAAUAAUUAUAUAUCAUAUAACAGAACUGGUAAUAAACCAAAUGAAUAUAGGGAAAAUUUUUCUAAUAGAAUGAAAAGUUUCACAAAUAGGAUUUCCCAUGAAGAUUUUAUGAGCAAAACUCCAAUGAAAAAUCCUGAGAGAAACUUUUUUACAUCUGGAGUUGGUAAUAAUAUGACUAUUAAUGAAACAAACCCAAUGUUAUAUAAACGACGUAGUAGAUUUACUGAAAAUGAUAUAUAUAAUGAAUAUUAUAUGAAUCAAAAUAAUAAAGAUGGUAAUUAUUCGAAUUAUUUAAAUGAAAAUAAAAAAUUAAAUGAAUCUGAUAAAAAAUGGGCUUAUUUAAAAAAAAUAAAUGUUUUUAGUAAAAAGGAUGAAGACUUAAUAAAUGAUGAUUAUGGUAAUCAUAGAUCUAAUUAUAAUCAUUUGGAUCCAAAACAUUUACAAUAUAAAAAUCCACAUAUGUAUAAUAUGAAAAAUGAUAAUAUUUUUAGUGAUAUGAAAAAUUCCAAUUUAUAUUCAUCCCCCAAUGAUAUGAAAUUUAAUCGAAUGCAUGAUAACCAAGAUGGACCCAAAAUUCCAACUGGAGAUAAUAUGAAUGAUUAUUAUUAUAUGAAUAAUGCAAAUAAAUUUAAAACAUCAAAUAUGAAUAAUAAUUAUGACUCUUAUUUAAAGAAUGAUUUAUAUAAUUUUAGGAAUAAUAUAAAUGAAAAUAACAAUGCUCAUAAUAGUUAUAGCUAUGGAAAUACAGAUUUUUAUAGAACACCUAGUGAAACAUAUUAUAGGGGUAAUCAUGAAUUUAAUCCAAAUGUGUAUAAUGCUGGGUAUGGAUCAGAUAGCAAUCAUAUUCAUCAUGAAAGUCCUUAUAGAAAUCGAUUUAGAAAUUAUAGUUAA